GUCUAUCUCGGUUCAUGCAGCUGGGCUUUUCGCUCUGCCAGUCACCUUUCUUUUCUUGCAUCUCGCCAUCUCCCUUGCCCAUUGUUAUUAUUUCAGCUCUGUGUUGGGAAAGUCUUCAUAUUUGCGUGGUGAAAUCGUCCGUACUUCAUUCUCUUCCCCGCUUCUAUACUCGACGACUACUUAUAUCGCUCUUGACUUCUCCACCGCUGUUCCGAUCGCAUACCAAGAGUCGGCACAUUCUUCUGGCCGCACAUUGACAGGCAUCCACGUUCCACCGAUAAGCCCUGCUGUCCAUCGUCGCAUGGUGCAUUCCUCGAAGCGGGGGAUCUCGAUAGAUCUCCUUUGAUUAUACUGUCUGCUGCUUCAUUCAUCGUUCAAAUCGCCGGGACAAGUCGCAAACGGCUCUCGAGCCAUGUCGGACAAUUCGGGGCUUACGGCCGCUGGAGGCGCCUCAUAUACCUCCAAUACACUGCAUGUUGGGGAUGGAACAUGGGAUCUCGACCGGGAUACGUUUCUUUUGCCCAAUCUCAUGGGAGUAAACUUUGAGACGAUGCGAUACAAUGGAAUGGGAAACCGAUUUCGAGAUAUGCCCCAUUACCACACCCUGAUUAUCGCGCAUGGUGUCAUAGCCGCAAUCGUGUUCUUAGGGCUGGUUCCCCUGUCGAUUUUCCUCGUUCGAUACUACUCGCUGCGAAAUCCAUACUCGGCAUUUAGGUAUCAUGUCUGGUGCCAGGUCCUGACAUUAUUUUUGAGCACUGUCAUAUUUGUUCUUGGUUGGUUCGCUGUCGGCCCAGCCAGGAGCCUCUCAAAUCCUCACCAUGGAAUCGGCCUCGCCAUCUACGUUAUGAUUGUCUUCCAAGUGUUCUGGGGUUGGUUCGUCCACAAGAUUGAGCGGAAUAAGAAACGAUUCCAUGUACCUCUGAAGCUAGUGAUUCAUCGAUGGAUUGGCCGUGGACUAGCGAUUCUUGGCAUCGUCCAAAUCCCACUCGGGCUCACCCUUUAUGGCUCACCCAAGUCUCUAUUCAUCCUAUACGCCGUCGCUGCUUUUAUUCUCCUUUUGACAUUCUUUAUACUAUCGUACCGAUAUGAUUCCGACAGGGGCUCCGGUCCGGACGGAGAUGAUAGUCGCUACAGCUAUGUAUCCCGCCCACCAGACGAUGACCAUGGACAUGGUGGCUUUGGACGGAUGGCCGCAGCCGGUGCAGCAGGAGCCGGAUUGGCGGCCAUCUUCCGACGGCGUAAUCGGGACCAUGUUUCUGACGGCUCCCAGACAUCGUACAUGGACGAAAAGUACUCGGAUGAAGGGUCUCGUCGUGGUGGUGGCUGGGGAGGCAGAUUCCUAAAGAUAGGAGCUCUUGGAGGUGGCGCGCUGCUAGCUAAGAGGUUCUUUGAUAGGAGGCGUGAACGAGAAAGCGACGCCGAGUCCGGAAGAUAUCGACCUGCCCAUCGUCGAACGGACAGCAUGACCGAGGAAAGCUUGAGCCGGCUGGACGACCGCCCUCCGCCUGGGCCUGGCUCUGGGCCUGGGCCAAGCUAUCCAGCUCCUCUCAAUAGACCGCCUGGUGGUCCUCCAAGCAGACCCCAAAGUCCGGGUUCGUCUUACUACGAUUACUCAUACCUCUCACGGGAGGACGAAGGCCGGUCUUCUCAUCCCGUUCGAAACGCGUUUCUCGGAGCCGGGGCGUUUGCAGCUGUAAAAGGUCUCUUCUCGCGAAAGAAGAAAGAUGAACAGCGCCAUGUGGAGGAGAUGCGACGGCACGACCUUGAGAAUGAAAAACUUGCCCGAGCGAAUAGCAAGCGACGCUACCCUGGUGAUGGAUAUCUACCACAACGCAAACGUCCAGCUUCGCAAACAGCAACCGAUGUCUCCACUGACCUGACACCACGCCCUCACCGUCACCCCUAUGCACCAGAGUCGGGUCUUUCCGCGUUGCCUGUCGCCUCAGGUGCCGUUGACGGAGCACACGGAACCAUGCCUCCAGCUCCUCCGAUUCAUUACGACCCUGCUUCGACAAUGACACCCACACCAGCAUCCGCACCCCCACCACCACAACCCCAUAUCGAAUCCGCGAUUGCAACUGCCCCCAUGGCAGCCGCAGGCCCCUCAACCGGCCACCUGCCACCUCCUGGCAGCGGCACCUGGCAACGAGAAGACCACGUCGAGUCUCCUCCCGUCUCAUUAAAGAUGAAAAUGCACGACGACGGCCGCCAUAUCACCCUCCGCCGCUUGACGGAAGAAGAAGCGGCCGCCAGCCGAGAUGCCCGCCGAAGAGAGCGCCGCAACUCGCGUCGCCGAAACGGAAGCGUUAGCUCCCUCUCCGGCAACGAAGGCACAGGCAGCCGUGACCGCUGGCGCCGCGUCGAGGAACUAGAACGCCAGCAACACGAGCAGAUGCUGCGAGAACAAGCCGCUGCUUCCGCUGCGGCUGCAGGAGCUGCUGCUGCUACGGCCUCUCCGCCGCCACUUGCACAACCUCCCCUGGCAACAGGUCCGGCUGCGUCAGGAACUAUACCCGCCGCCGCUUCAUCAUUCCUCCCGCCACAAAGCACAAGUCAUCUCCCUCCGCCGCGGGCGCCAUCCACAAAUCCCUAUGGAAGCAUCACGUCUCCGACAUACACAGACACCAACGCAAGCGAGUACGCGAGCAAUCGCCGACGGAGACGCGCCGAGAGAGCGCGAGCUAGACAGGAAAGACAGCAGCAUCCCAGCGUGGAAUUCACAUGAUAAGCACAUUGCACCGCCAUGGUUCCUUUUUACUCUACCCCUACCGCCUUGUAUAGACAACAUCUUUCUUCGCUGUGUAUCUUGCUUGACCUUUUCUCUCCUCCCUGCUUAUUCUCUCUCCCUCGCCUACCCAUGAAUGCACACAUCGCCAACAUAUUCCUCAAUGAACAUUUAAGGUAAUGACACUAGCGUUGGUUUCCCACGGCUUGCUCCCGUUUUGCCUCUUUCUUUCUUAUGUUGGUUUCGAUCGUGAUGGAAUGAAACGACUUGAAUGAUAUCGGCUCUUCUCUGGUUAGUAGCCUGGUCAUGUCCAUGAUUAAACUGCGAAUGCUGUGUUUGGACACGGUAUGCAAUGCUAUGAACUUGAAUGUGAAAAGCUGGACUUACAUGUAUGUAUCUGAAUCAUGGAUACCAUUCGUCAUGUCGAUAUGUGAUGUCGGUUCAUACUUUGGGGGCUCUUAUUCGGCUUACUUUGAACGCCUUAUGUUUCGUGUAUUAUGUACUUCACUGGUUGGCUAUACUCGUCUUGCUUUGAUACGUAAUGCAGACUAAUGUUUGUGCGUCAAUCAGUAUCCACCAGACAGCAAGGCAAAGUAAAAUAUUAUCUCAGCCAAAGUCUUCGCUCAUGACAGCCCCUCUCUGUUCAAACAACGGUACCGUCCAAAUACAUUCACAUCAGGCCGCCUUCGUAAUCUUGAAGGCGCUCCAUCUCAGCAGCUAUUUCGAUUCGCAACAAAACAAGCAGCCACCGGAAGGUGAGCUCAAAUAGUAACCGCGUCAGGGAAAGUACCUUCAGGCCGAUCCGCGAAGGCAUGUAACCGCGAAUCGCGGCUACAAUUGCCGCAAUAUGUUGGAGGUAGACUACUGGGAAAACGAUGUUGAUUUGAAGAAUGCACGCACCAUCAAUGGUACCGACAGCCGACAGCGGCUCGGGCCCAAUAGGAAGUGUCUCACAUCUCGACAGGCACGGAACAAUCAUAGUAGUUGGAGCUGAUUGGUUCUCUUUUGUAGCUAAGAUUCCCCUCCUCCAUGGGAAGAUGCGCAGCAUAUUUGUCGCCAAUUUUCCGAGUGAGAAACCAUGUUGUGGGAGCUGCCGUAUUGGUAACGAACUCGCAGAUGUUGUUUGCUUUAUCGUGGAUUCCUCGCAAUCUGAUGGGCCCUGAUCUAUCUGUUCACAAUCAAAGUCAAUUAUGCCUCGGCGCAGAGGAAGUUUGUCCACCGUCGGAAUGGGCGCCGGAAAUGGCAUAUCGGGAUUUUUCAGAGGUAUACCCAAAAUCUCCAGUUCGCGAGUGGAAAAAGGUCGAGAAAAGUAUCGACAAGGAAUGAUGCUCCGCGUUUCCCAGGAUUGCUUUGGUCGUGACGGGCGAGGCUCAAGGUAUUGUUCAAUAAUGGGUCGCUCAGCGUAUUGGCUCACAUUUCUACCGGUUCGUAGUGGUAGGGAUAGGGAAAGGGUUACUGGGCGCCGGUCCCUGCGCACGGAUUGUUCAAUUGGUCCGGAUUCAAGAAAAGGUGGAAUAUUCUCCGCUCUGCCGUGGAACGGAAUGCCAAUGUCGGAAAGGAAAGAAGGCUUUGUUGGUCCCGGCGGUCUUGCUCUGCGACUGUUGAACAGAGAACCAAAAAGGUCAUCGCUGGAAGGCGCUACCUUGUGCACUCGAUUGAUGGUAUUCUUGUCAGAUUUUGCAAUAAAGAGAGCAUUCUGCUUGUCUUUUCGCCAGGAUCCAAGCUCAGACUGAUUGCCGCUCAACGAUAUCGGUGUAUUAUGCGGAUUCAAUGGCAUUGCGCGAUCGAGAAACGGGUCUUUGUCGACGGCCAUGUCGGAAUACAGUCUUGGAAAGGUGAAAAGUAGAUCUUUGUACUCGCCAUCGCCGUCGACUGUGUCGAAUGGGUGCGAAUCGCGCUGGUUGAAGAGAGGCGAGGUAGAGCCCUCUUGUUCGG